CACAGGGGAGAUUUGAGGUUAGAGAAGCUGUGAAAUCCCUGGGGUAUUGCACCCUCGGGCUGUUAUAAAGCAAGUCAGUCACCCCGCCACUUUGAUUUUUUUCAGUUUAACUAUAUGAUAUUAUCCAAAUAAGCAGUUAUGCACUGGGAGAAAUCGCCACCAUCAGCGGCAGGCAGGUCCAGACCAUACCAGGGUGUCCGAGUCAGAGACCCAGUCAAAGAACUGCUGAGGAGGAAGCGAGGUUUGGAGACGCCCAACUCCAAGACUGCACCUCCUACUGCGGACGUGGCUACCUUCACCAGUCAGUCAUCAUUCACACAAUAUACCUGUGGUUCUGAUGGUACCGGGGGUUCGUCUGCCGAGUCGUCUGCCGCAACCAGUGAUGGUGGGCUGCAGUGCCCGGGAUGGAAAGCUCCGCCCCCUGCCACCAGCACUGCCCUGUCCCCUGCUGAUACACAGUGGCCCUCGACUGACUACACCCAGCAGGAUCCCUCAGCUCAGACGCUGGCCUACCCAGCUCCCCCCACCCUCACAGCUGAUGUAUAUAUGCAGACCCUGUGUCCCAGUUACACCAUGCUGACCUACACUCACACUCCACUGUUCAGCAACUUUGGGACCAUACCGGUGGCAUCAGCUCCAGCCUCCCUCCCUCAGGUGGAGCUCCCCGACUCAGGGCUCACCUACCUCCCCUGGGCUCAGCCCCUUACCACCAUCUCUACCAUGUCCAGUCCGGGGGUCCAGUUUGCCCCUGGAUCUGCAGCCCUUUCGGGGUCACCUCUUGUCCACAUGCCUCUGCCCAUGUCUCUGGCCACCAUGAUUCCUCAAUUGGAGUUUCAGGGCACAGACACUCAGCCACAGGUCCUGGACCACCAGCUGGGCCCUGAGUCAGAGAGCCAGGCUCUGGAUGAGGAUCCAGAUGUGGAGCAAGAAUCUCCAAACCUACUGGACAAACUUCUUGAAGAUCAAAAGGAAGAUGAUGGAGAGGAAGCCAAAGACUCAUACAGCAGCUCGCUGUUCAUAGAGGAUGUCUGAAAAAGCAAUCAUUAUUUCCAUUUUGUUCAGAGAAAUCAAUUAAUUUGUUAAAUUUCCAAAGUCUUUCAACUCAUAUAAACAAAUAAACCACUAUUAAAGGUUUAUUACACAAUAUUAGUCUCAUUAUUCAUUACUUCUAUUGGCUCAUACCACCUGAUAUUCAUCAAAACAAGACAGUGUCAUUUGUGAUA